AUGGAUGAAAAACCUGGUUCAGCUUCUUCCAGCACUUGUUCAUCUAAUGGCUCAUCAGAUAUGCAACACCCGGUCUUCCGUCCGUCUAUCCUCAAUUUCCCUCUGAAGCCAUUUGCGACUCCCGGGGACUCCACGAAGCCUGAGGAAACUUCCGCUCCUUCUACUAAAUCAUUAGGGCUAUCUACCAGUUGUUUCCUCUCAAAACCCUCUAUUGCUGCUCCUCCUGUGGCGGCCGCGCGGAAAGAUAACAAUCUUCCUGGUGGAUAUGUUUUUGGAUCGAAUAUAUCUUCUCGUGUUGUGAAUGCGGAUGUUUCGCAUGGAGCAUCUUCCAAUUUGUGGAGCACCGCCACCACAGAGGUUGACUCUUCGACAUCAGUUUUCACUGCCUUAGCAAAGGCGGUAGCUUCGAAUAAGCGCGACGAGAAUGGCUCACAAGAACAAACUUUGGAGGCAUCUGCAAGCAAAGUAACUGAGGAUCAGAAGAAUGCUACUGUUAAUCUGGCACAAGUGGACGUUUUCACUGGGGAGGAAGGUGAGAUACAAGUAUUCCGAAUGCACUGUCAAGCUUACGUAUUUGAUACCGAUAAGCAGCGUUGGAACCCACUUGGAGCGUCUCACUUUCAUUUGAAUGAUAUACCGAAACAAUCAGAUGGAAGCUCAGGAGAAAAGGUAUCCAAGUGUCGUUCACGCGUGGUAGUACGCCUCAUGUCCACCAGACGUGUGAUCAUCAACACACCGGUGUGGGACACAAUGCCGGUAGCCCUGGUAGACUCACGUAGUUUGAGAAUAGGAGCAGUGAAUGAAGACGGUGGUCACUUACGUAGUUAUCUGUUCAAAUUUUCCCCAGAUGACUCUGCUUCCAAGAUUUGUACUGCACUUAAUGUUCGCAAGGCCCGCGCCGUCGAAAAUGCCAAAACGGAACCAAGUCCUAGUCGAUUAGCCGGUCAGAAACGCUCUAUAGAGGCACCCGCUGAUGAUGGUGCUCCAGUUUCUUCCAAGAUACCCUGCUCAUCAGCAUAUACAUCUGAGGCAUUGACACCAAAAGUUGCACCGAAUCCCUCUGUAUUCCGCCCAUCUAUCCUCUGUACUUCUGAAAGCGCGUCCACUUCUCAACAUUCAUCGGUAGCACCGAUGUCCGCGGGGACUGUUGGAUUAGGCGGUCCNCCGCUUUAG